ACUUAGCAUCCCUAUGUACGCAUUUUGGGGCGCAUAAUUUUCACCGAAAAAAAAAGAAAUCGGUAGUAAAAACAUUUAUUGUGAGCGUUAAAUAAUUGUAAAUAUUGUGCACGAGUGGUGUGCAACAUAAAUCAAAUUCUAGAUAGUUUUUUUUUUUUGUAAAGUGAAAGAGAAGAAAAACGGAAGUUUUUGCGGCGUAUAGUGAAUUUGUUAGUUGUUGGUUAUCGAGUUUUCCAGUUUUGCACGUCGCCAAUUUUCGUCGGCAUUUUUUGCAAAAUACAAAAGCGGGCGUCGGCUCUUUAAUCAGAAAACACAAAAAACAAUUAAUUUGGAACUGUAUUACAGUUAGUAAACGGCGAGAUGAGUGAUUUUCAGACACAGCAGGCGAGUUUAAGUCAAUCGCAGGCAUUGGCAGCUGCCAUACAGCGUGCCAAGCAGGUAAGAAGAAGAGAGGCAGCCCUAGUCGAGCCGCUUCCAAUAGAAAAGGCGCCAUUAUCGAUUGCCGCGAAAAUUCAACCAAAUCAGCAGCAACAGUCACAAGGAGGUGGUGGUGAUAGCGGUGGUCCAUCCGGUGCGGGAGGCGGCGGCGGAAGCAACAACUUUAAGCGACAUAACGACGACGGCGACAGUGGGCCUGAUUGCAAACGGUCCUUUGGCAGUCCGGACUACGGCCAAAACAACUCGAACAUGAGCAGCGGCAGCGGAGGAGGCGGCGGCGGUGGCGCGAAUAUGACGCAAGCCAUUGCUCAAGCAGCGGCGGUGGCUGCUCGACUGGCUGCCUGGCCAGCGUCCACGUGCGAAGAGCAAGUUCGAGUGCCUGAGAGCAUUGUGAAUGCAUUUGUCGGACGCAACGGGAGCGACACGUUGAGUCAUCUGGAAGCUGAGUCGGGAGCCAAAUUGGAACUGAUGCAGGAUCAGGAGCGUGUAAUCACGUUGCGCGGUACACGGGAGAGCUGUACCAAGGGGCGCGAUAUGCUGCAGCAAAUGGCCAAUCGCAAUGGUGGCAGUGGUAACUGUGAAGUGCUGCUGACUAUCAAUAUGCCGCCACCAGGGCCGGGAGGGUAUCCGCCUUAUCAGGAGAUUAUGAUACCCGGCGCCAAGGUGGGUCUGGUGAUAGGCAAGGGAGGCGACACAAUUAAGCAGCUGCAGGAAAAGACGGGCGCACGCAUGAUCAUCAUACAGGAUGGACCCAAUCAGGAGGUCAUUAAACCACUGCGUAUUUCGGGUGUGCCUCAGAAAGUGGAACAUGCCAAACAGAUGGUCUUAGAUCUGAUUGCGCAAAAGGAUGCGCUUGCCCAGCAGCAGCAGGGCGGACGCAGCGGCGGAGGUGGCGGCAGCGGUGGUGGAGGUGGUGGCUCCGAUCAGGGUUUCAAUAACUUCAACAAUGGCAAUGGUGGUGAAAGCGUUGAGGUCUUUGUUCCCAAGAUUGCCGUUGGUGUUGUGAUCGGCAAGGGCGGUGAUAUGAUACGUAAAAUUCAAACAGAAUGCGGAUGCAAGCUGCAGUUCAUCCAGGGCAAGAACGAUGAGAUGGGCGAUCGCCGUUGUGUCAUCCAAGGCACGCGACAGCAGGUUGAGGAUGCCAAACGUACAAUUGAUGGGCUCAUUGAAAAUGUGAUGCAACGCAACGGAAUGAAUCGUAAUGGCAGCAAUGGCGGAGGCGGCGGUGGCCAAGCCGGUGGAGAUUCGAAUAACUCCAACUAUGGUUAUGGCUAUGGCGUGAAUCAUGCUCAAGGUGGUCGCGAGGAGAUCACGUUUCUGGUGCCCGCCUCUAAAUGCGGUAUUGUUAUUGGCCGCGGUGGUGAGACCAUUAAGCUCAUCAAUCAGCAGUCCGGAGCUCAUACAGAAAUGGAUCGUAAUGCCAGCAAUCCGCCCAACGAGAAGCUUUUCAAAUCGAAGGGCACCACAGAUCAGGUUGAGGCUGCACGUCAAAUGAUAUCCGAAAAGAUCAAUAUGGAACUGACAGUCAUCUCACGCAAGCCCAUUAGCGGAGGCGGCGGCGGUGGUGGAGGCUCUAACAAUGCCCACCACAAUCAACAACAAGGCGGCUAUGGCAACCAAAUGCAGGGUGGCGAUCCCAAUGCAGCCGCCGCAGCAGCCGCCUAUCAACAGCAGCAGCAACAGCCCUGGGGUGCCUAUGGUCAGCAAGGCGGCUGGGAUCCAGCCUCUGCCCAACAGCAACAGCAGAUGGCCAUGGCAGGUCAAGGUCAGCCAGGCGCAGCAGCCGGUGCUGGUGGUCAGGACUACUCCGCACAAUGGAUCGAAUACUACAAACAAAUCGGCUGUCAUCGUGAGGCUGAAAUGAUUGAGCAGCAAAUGAAGGCUAAACUGGCGACCGGUGCUUCGGGUCCCAGUCAACAGACACCACAACAACAGGCGCAACCUCAACAGCAGCAACAAAGCGCAGCCGGAGGCGCUGACUACAGCGCACAGUGGGCGGAAUACUAUCGCAGUGUGGGUAAAAUCGAGGAAGCAGAAGCCAUUGAGAAAACCCUGAAAGCCAAGCAAAAUGGAGCCGGGGCUGGCGGCAAUAGUGCACCGAACGCAAGCCAAGGCGGACCGAAUCCCGGUCAACAGCAGCCAAAUGCAGCGGCUGCAGCAGCCGCUGCUGCAGCGGCCGGUGGCUAUGCCCAAGGUAUGACUCCUAGCCAAUAUGCACAAUAUUCACAGUAUUAUGCUGCAGCCGCUGCUGCGGGUCACCCACAAGGGGCGCCACAACCCCAGGGCGGUGGUGCAGGCGGCGGCGGUGGUCAGGGCGGUGGUCCACCAGCUGGUUAUCCCGGUGGCUAUCCGGGUGGCGGCUAUGGCGGAUAUCCCGGCGGCCCAGGAGGCGGACCCGGUCAGCAGCAGCAACAACAGAAGUCGCACAAGAACGAUAAACAUUGAGCUGUAAGGAUUGAACUGGAUUAGAUGUGGGUGCCUUUGCCUUGGCAUCUUGAGAGCAAGUUCCGUCAGCUGCCAACUAGCAAAUUAGAAGCAUUACACAUACGCAUAACUAUGUCCACGUUGGGAGUGUGUUUAUUGAAAAACAACAAGAAAUAUACAAAAAAACGAAAAAAGUAUUUACUACAAUACAAAUGCUGCAUAAUAUACAUAUACUUGUAGUAUGUAUGUCGAUGUACUCGUAAUAUUUUUCAAACACAAUAACCUUUUGAUACCGCGACAAGUUUCUCACAUACAUUUUAACCAACUUAGCUUAGUUAUAAUACUACAACCGAUAUACAAAUUACCAAUACUAUAUAUAAACACAUAUUAUACAAUGCAAUAUACUACGAUCAACGUUCCAACUGAUCUGGUAAGAUUUUUCAUCCUGUAAAAUUACCAAUUACACACUGUAUAACUUGAAUAUGCCUAGGACUAUGCGAUUUACUUACUAUCUCUUUCCUCUUGGAUGAUGAUACUGGUUUGUUGAUCUGUAUACAAUAUGAUCAUUAUACAACAUAAUAUCGAUUGAGAUUGAAACUUGCAAUUCAUAGCCAUUUACUUAUCAAGUUUUGUUUCCGUAUUUCAGUUGAGGACACAUCUAAAUGGUUUAUUGUUAGCUGUAAUACAUAAUUUUGAUUUCAGUUCCGAUUGGUUAACUGCUUAGGAAGAACUACAAGGGACUCCCAACCUUAUAUAGCAUGCUCUCUUGCACUCGCUCUCUUUUUCAAUAUUGUCCGACAAUAUGUGUUGUGUUUUUGUUUUGAUUUUGAUAUAUUCAUUUAUUUUUUCUUUUAUGCUUUUUUCAUCCCUAAACUCAUUGUACCUAUAGUUUUGGUAAGAACUUAAAUGAUAAAUUGUGGUGUAUAAAUUUAUUAUAUGUGUAUCAAAUAGUUUCAUUAAACAUCUAUAUAUGUAUACGCAUAAUGCACAUGUAACCUCUAUAUAUAUAUAUACCUAUAUGUAUGUACUUUCAGAGGCGGUUCAGUAAAUCCAGACAUCUUCAAACCAGUUCAUAAGAGUAACAGAAAAUUGAUAUUGAAUUGAUCAAUCCCCUUAUGAAAAUUGAAUUAAUAAUAAUGCAAUAAUAAUAAUGAUUAUAACCAAUUUUGAUAGAAUAUUAAGAGAGUGUGAACCUUGGUAAGAUCUUCUGUUGUUAUUGUGUAUGUCUCACAAAUCUUACAAUUCAAAACAAACCAUAAACAUUUUAAAGCGUAAACCGUAUAUAUAUAUGUAUAAAUAUAUACAUAUAUAAUUAUUGAAAAAACCAUAGGUCUGCAAUUAUAAAGAAAUUAUAUAAAUCUAUAUAUUUAUAUUUACAAUAAAUAGAAUAAGUUUUAUGUCUCCUAAUGAAAAAUAUUAAUGUUGCAACAGCUGAAAAUGAUAUGCACCCUCUCUAAUUGAAUACUUGUAUAAGAAAGUGGGCACGCCGCAAGAUUUCAUAAUCUCUUUCGCAGCAGCCUACGACGAUACAUUGAAUAAUAAACACACAUAAUAUAUACUAUUUAUAUUUAUAAAAUUGAUUACCACAAUGCGUACAAAUUGUAUGCAACUUAUGCGUUUCUAUUUAUUAUAUUUUAUUAUUUGAAAAACUUAUUUGCCAUAUAUGAAAAUCGUUUCUGAGCGUAUUUUCAGAGGUGCUGAGUUGGAUGGGAUCGGGACCGGUAUCGAGAUCGAGAUCGGUGUCCUAGGGAUGGGAUUUUGCUUUUGUUCAUUAUGGCUGUCGUUCAUUGUUGGGUAUGUAGCAGGUCUAUCAAUACUCUUAUGCCUUGAAACAUUUUGAAAUAUACAUAUCUACUAUCUACUUGUAAUAUCUGUGUUUAUACAUAAUUUAACUGCCAUAACUUAUGCACAUACCAAUAUAUUAUGUACUCGUAAUAUUGCUGAAAUAUUUUACAUAUAUAUUAUUCUACUGUAUCUGUAUUUGUACAUACAAACAUAUGUGACAUCUAUAUAUCUCUUUAAUCUAUAUAUUCCAAUAGCCAACCUCAACGCCUUUCAACGCUGUACUGCCCCCAAAGUAGCGUCUCGUUUUAACCUUCAGACCAUUUGCAAUGAUAUAUUUAAUUAUUCUCUAUGCUCAAAUAUUUAAUAUAAAACUUGAAUCUCCACGAUUUAUAAUAUCAGUAUCAUACUAUACUAUAUACAAUGUUGUUUCAAGGUAUCAUUUGUUUGCGAUCUCUGCGGUUUAUAUUACCAUUAAAAUAAUGAGUAUUACACAUACUUAGCUUUAUAUACAUAUUAUUUUAUAAUAGAAAUGUUCUGAUACGGUACAGCUUAUUAAAUGGCAACAUAUACAUAUAUUCUAAUUACACUUUUGGAACAAAUGACAGUGUGAACAUUCAGUUUUGAAGUUUCAAAGUCCAUUGAGAUUGGAUUAGUACAGUUGUGUUUCUUUAUUUUUGUUGUUCGGGAAGGCGUUUAAUUUGUUUCAAUUACAGCAGACUCUUCAGGCAAUGAGUACGAAGUCCAUGCGCUCUAUGUGAUGGUAAGUAUAGAAGUGCGACACAUUUACAUGUAUUUUGUAGUUCCCAUUGAAAUCCAUUUCCGUUACAUUUUGGGUCAAUAUCAAACCGUUUAUUUCGCAAUCAAAUGAUAUUUUUGAAAUUGAUAUAUAUUUCUUUAUAUUUGAUUUAAAUUAUGUGCUUUGAUCUAUUUCCAGGGCCAAUUUGUGCAUAUAGAACUAUCUUUUAAUAUUCUAUUCAAAUACAUUUCGAAUCGCAAACAUUUCAUUUAUAACAAAUUUCGAACAGACAUUUAUGUGUUUAAUUUAACAACAUACUAUUUACUUUACCUUCUAACAUGUCUCGUCCUCUAAAUUUGCAAAUUGAUCUUUUUAAUAUCUAUAUGUUACAGCCUUAUCUACGUGAUCCAUCCACUUACCAGUCGAUAUAGACCGGUUUAGCUUUAAUCCUUCACAAUCUCAUAAGUAUGUUACAAUUGUUUUUAAAUAUUGCCAAAUGAAUUUUUCGAAUUCUCAAUAAAUUUCUAUCUGAAAAUGAUAAAACAAACACCAGAAACGGCUAUUUUUCUAAUGGAUUGAAUAAUAUGAAUGAAAUAAGCUUGUAACCCAUUAAAAACACGAAGAUUGAAUUUUAUUUUGUCGCGAUAUAUUAUUGAUAUACAUACAUCAUUCGUCUUUAUUUCCUUAGUGAAACAUUUAAAGAUAAAACAAAAUAUCGCUUUACAUACAUCUAUGCAUCCUAUUUGGGACGCAUUCGGUUUUACGGAUAAGUUAAGUUUUCUGUUCUAUAAAGAGAGCAUUCAAUAAUUUCUAUUUGACUUUGUUCUUGUACGAUUCUCGUAAGCUUUUAUUUUAUAGACAUACUAUGUAUAUAUCUGUAUGAAACAAAGAGUUUAGAUUGAGUUUAAUCAUUUGAUAUUUCCAUUUGGUUUUUUUUUUUAAUUUUUCCUCUACUAAAAGAAAACGUACAUUGAGAUGUUUGUAUUUAUUUUAUGUAUUUUGUUCAAAAUGUUUUGAAUCGAUCUUGUAUGGUAUUUUUAGUUCAAUAUAUUGUUUAUUUAAAAUUUACAUACAUCUAGUUUCGUAUGAAUAUCCAAAUGAUAUAUUCCUUGCACAGUAUAUUUUUAUUUUGUUGUGGUUUAUUUCAUAAUUAAUAUGUGUGUUACAUUGUAGGUCUAUGUGUGAAAGUCCUAAUUGUGUAAACUGCUGCUCUACAUGAGAAACCUGCUAUAGUUCUGUCUUCAAUUAUUAUCUAGGCCAAGCUUUUGAGAUUUACUUAACAGAGAGAGAUAGAGAAAGAGACUAUAACCGAUUGAGGAAAUGGAACGUAAGACGAAAGUAAAUAUCAUAACAUUAUCUUGACUUUUGUUAACUGGCCAUUCAACUCUUCACACCUUUUAGGUUUGCUUCCCAAUUCAUUGGGAUAAAAAGACAAAAACAUGUAAAUAUUUUACAACAAUUUUGAAUUUUGUUCCAAGAAUUCUUAAUUUUAAGCCCGACAUUUUGAAAUAAUAUAUUUUAAAAAGUAUCAUUCCUAAUGCUUUGGCUUGAUUUCGCUCCCAAAAUCUAUCCAAAUAUGUAUCUUAAGUUUUUACAUUAGCCGAAAUCGCGUGCAAUAUCAAUUUUGUAUUAUAAACUUUGGAGUUUCCAUGCUUUGUUUUUUGUACUGCUGCCAGUGUGUGAAUUUUCGUAAAUUUUGUUUUUUAUUUAUCCGCUUCUUAAUUUAAAAAUACAUAAUUU